UUGUGGACGGACGGGAGUGUGUGUUGUUGACGCGCAGAAUGUAGUUAGUGAACGUGUACAUAACGAUGCAAAAGAAUUUAAAAACGAAGGAAAUGUUCAUCGUGCGAGCCUUGGAAAAGAUCCUGAGCGACAAGGAUAUAAAGCGGUCGCACCACUCUCAGUUGAAACGAGCUUGUGAGGUGGCAUUAGAAGAAAUAAAGAACGAGCUGAAAGAUGGUGGUCAAGUGGACCCCACUUCUUCUUCGGCACUCCCAUUACCAAAGAAUGAUGCCGCUAAUGUUAUUACAGCUGAGAAGUAUUUCCUCCCAUUCGAACUGGCAUGCCAAAGCAAAGCGUCAAGGAUUAUUGUGACAGCCCUUGAUUGCCUUCAGAAACUUAUUGCGUAUGGUCAUUUAACCGGAAAUAUACCAGAUUCCACGACACCUGGGAAGUACCUUAUAGAUAGGAUAGUGGAAACUAUUUGUGGAUGCUUCAGUGGGCCACAGACUGAUGAAGGUGUUCAGCUACAGAUUAUUAAGGCACUCUUGACAGUUGUUACUAGUCAGCAUGUUGAGGUCCAUGAGGGAACAGUCCUUCUUGCUGUCAGGACAUGCUACAACAUUUACUUGGCCAGCAAGAAUCUAAUCAAUCAAACAACAGCCAGAGCAACUUUGACACAGAUGUUAAAUGUUAUUUUUAUGCGCAUGGAAACCCAAGCUACAGAUGAUGCUGCCAGGUUUAAGAGUAGCCUUGAAGUCACAGAACAACUUCAAACAGAGGAAAGGCACACACACGAUGAUGUUACACAACAACCAGAAGAUCAGUUACCCGUAAAAGAACAGGAGAACUUGCAGAGUGCUGUGGAGUCAGAAAAUACAAAUCGUGAAAUGGUGCGAACCAUGUUGGACAACAUUGUCGAUUCUGUAGUCACAGGUUGUGAAGCAGAAAGCCGCAGUAGUACUACAGGUGCAGAAAGUGGAGGUGACUCAUCACUGGCAAAUGAGUCUCAAAAUGAAGGUAGCCAACAUAAUCAGAGUGAAACGCCCAGCAUCACAAGAGUACCAUCACAGGAAAGUAUGGAUACUAGUAAUGAUACAGACACUGCCGUUACUGCGAAAUUUACACACAUUCUUCAGAAAGAUGCAUUUUUGGUGUUUCGAGCAUUGUGCAAGUUAUCGAUGAAACCUUUGCCAGAGGGCCAGCCAGAUCCCAAAUCACAUGAGCUUCGUUCAAAGAUUCUUUCAUUGCAUCUGUUACUAUCUAUUUUGCAAAAUGCUGGUCCAAUUUUUCGUGCAAAUGAAAUGUUUGUUACGGCCAUAAAACAGUACUUGUGUGUUGCUCUCUCCAAGAAUGGAGUUUCAUCCGUCCCAGAAGUUUUUGAACUUUCUCUUGCAAUAUUUUUAGCUCUACUUUCGAAGUUCAAGAUGCAUCUCAAAAUGCAGAUAGAGGUAUUUUUCAAGGAAAUAUUUUUAAACAUAUUGGAAACCUCAAGUUCAUCAUUUGAGCACAAGUGGAUGGUGAUACAUGCAUUGACAAGAAUAUGUGCAGAUGCUCAGAGUGUUGUAGACAUUUAUGUCAAUUAUGACUGUGAUCUUUCUGCUGCAAACUUGUUUGAAAGGCUGGUGAAUGAUUUGUCAAAGAUAGCUCAAGGCAGGCAAGCAUUGGAAUUAGGAGCCACUCCAAACCAAGAAAAGUCAAUGAGAAUACGAGGUUUGGAAUGCCUAGUCUCCAUCUUGAAAUGUAUGGUUGAAUGGAGCAAAGAUCUAUAUGUAAACCCCAACUCUCAAACAACGCUGGGUUCAGAGAGACCUGCUAAAGAUGUUGAAGCUGAUAGUUCUACAAAGACAAGUAUCCAGUCAUAUGGUGGAAGCAGCAACAGUUUAAAUUCAGGCUCCUCUAUUCCUAGCAGCCUGAACAACAGAGAGGUGCUUGAUAGUCCAGAACAGUUUGAGGUGCAAAAACAUCAGAAAGAGAUAUGGGAGACUGGAAUUACUUUGUUUAAUCGCAAACCGAAGAAAGGCAUUCAGUUUUUACAAGAGCAACGAUUAUUGGGGAGUUCUCCAAUGGAAAUAGCUGAAUGGUUGCACAGUGAUGAACGCUUAGAUAAAACUGGGAUUGGUGACUUCUUGGGUGACAAUGAUGAUUUAAGUAGAGAGGUUAUGUAUGCAUAUGUUGACCUAAUGAACUUCAGCAACCGGGAUAUAGUAUCUGCUCUUAGAUAUUUCCUUGAAGGCUUCAGACUACCUGGUGAAGCACAGAAGAUUGAUAGGCUAAUGGAGAAAUUUGCCAGCAGAUACUGUGAAUGUAAUCCAAACAAUGGCCUUUUUGCUAGUGCUGAUACUGCAUAUGUAUUAGCAUAUUCUGUCAUUAUGCUUACCACAGAUCUUCAUUCACCCCAAGUGAAAAGCAAAAUGACUAAAGAGCAGUACAUUCGGCUCAACAGAGGUAUUAGUGACAGCAAGGACUUGCCUGAAGAAUAUUUGUCAAGUAUCUAUGAUGAAAUUGCUGGUCAUGAAAUAAAGAUGAAAGGAACUGUUAACAAACCGGGCAAACAGUUGAUAUCAAGUGAAAAGAAGCGACGUCUCCUGUGGAACAUGGAAAUGGAAGCAAUAUCUGCUGCAGCCAAGAAUUUAAUGGAAUCAGUCAGUCAUGUCCAGGCGCCAUUUACCUCAGCUAAGCAUGUGGAACAUGUUAGGCCUAUGUUUAAAAUGGCUUGGACACCAUUUCUUGCUGCUUUCAGUGUUGGCCUACAAGAUUGCGAUGAUCCUGAAAUUGCUUCACUGUGUCUGGAUGGUAUUCGUUGUGCAAUCCGAAUAGCAUGCAUCUUUCAUAUGACGCUGGAAAGAGAUGCAUAUGUUCAAGCUUUAGCACGAUUUACACUCCUUACUGCCAAUUCACCAAUCACAGAGAUGAAGGCAAAAAAUAUUGAUACCAUAAAGACCCUUAUAACAGUUGCACAUACUGAUGGCAAUUAUCUUGGUACCUCAUGGCUGGACAUAGUUAAAUGUAUAUCUCAACUGGAACUAGCUCAGCUUGUUGGAACUGGAGUAAGGCCACAGUUCAUAUCUGGACCCAGAGCAAACCACACAGACUACCAUCAUUCCGAUCCUUUGAAACUGAACCUAAGCUCUUUAGACCCAAGUGUGAAAGAAUCAAUAGGGGAAACAAGCUCCCAGAGUGUAGUUGUUGCUGUGGACAGAAUAUUCACUGGUUCAACAAGGCUUGAUGGAGAUGCAAUUGUUGAUUUCGUAAGAGCCUUAUGUCAGGUUUCAUUAGAUGAGUUGGCACAUCCAUCACAUCCACGUAUGUUCAGCCUUCAGAAGAUAGUGGAGAUUUCGUAUUAUAACAUGGGGCGCAUAAGACUGCAGUGGUCUCGAAUAUGGCAAGUACUAGGUGACCACUUCAAUAAAGUUGGAUGCAGUCCAAGUGAAGACAUUGCAUUCUUUGCUGUGGAUUCACUGCGCCAACUGUCAAUGAAGUUCAUUGAAAAAGGAGAAUUUGCGAACUUUAGAUUUCAGAAAGACUUUCUGCGACCAUUUGAACACAUCAUGAAGAAAAACAGGUCACCAACUAUCCGUGAUAUGGUAGUUAGGUGCAUUGCACAAAUGGUUAACUCGCAGGCAAAUAAUAUACGCUCAGGCUGGAAAAAUAUAUUCAGUGUUUUCCAUUUGGCAGCGUCUGACCAUGAUGAAGCAAUUGUGGAAAUGGCCUUCCAGACUACAGGAAAAAUUAUAAAUGAUCUUUAUGCCAAGAAUUUUCCAAUAAUGAUUGACUCAUUCCAAGAUGCUGUCAAAUGUUUGUCAGAAUUUGCCUGUAAUGCAAGCUUUCCAGAUACGAGUAUGGAAGCAAUUAGACUUAUCCGUACAUGUGCCAAGUACGUUGAUGAGAAACCUCAGUUAUUUGCAGAAUACAACAUGGAAGAUAUUAAUGUACCAGUGGAAGACCGUGUAUGGGUGAGAGGGUGGUUUCCACUACUGUUUGAAUUGUCUUGUAUAGUGAGUCGCUGUAAAUUAGAUGUAAGAACUCGUGGUUUGACAGUCUUGUUUGAAAUAAUCAAGACAUAUGGGGAAGCUUUCAGAGCCCAUUGGUGGAAAGACCUUUUUCAAGUACUCUUCCGGAUAUUUGACAACAUGAAACUUCCUGAGCAGCAUACAGAAAAAGCUGAGUGGAUGACAACAACAUGUAAUCAUGCACUCUAUGCAAUUGUAGAUGUGUUUACACAAUAUUUUGAUGUUUUGGGGCCUCUUCUAUUGGAAGAUUUGUACACUCAGCUACAUUGGUGUGUACAACAAGAUAAUGAACAACUGGCACGUUCAGGUACAAAUUGUCUGGAGAAUCUAGUCAAUUCUAAUGGUUUGAAGUUCUCGGAUUCCACAUGGGAGAAGACUUGCCAGUGUAUGCUGGACAUAUUUAACUGCACUAUACCCCAUGCUCUUUUAAGCUGGAGACCAGAAGAUGCACAUGAGGGCAAAGAGUCUGAUAUGGAUAUUAUUACGGGGAAUACUGAUGAUACUAAUCACAUCUUACAACGUUCCAACAGCUCGUAUAGUGUGCAGAGCUCACAAAGUUCCAGUAGUGUCCCAGCAGAAGAAAUUACAUUGUUGCGUUCAAAGGCAAAUUCAGACCAGAGGCUGUUCCAAAGUCUAAUGAUUAAAUGUGUUGUACAGUUGGAAUUGAUUCAAACAAUCGAUAAUAUUGUAUUUUUCCCUGCUACAUCAAGAAAGGAGGACCAAGAAAACUUGGCACUAGCACAGGCAGAUAUGCUCCAUGUAGAAGCUGGGCUUUCAGAACAACAGCGUGAAGAACAGGGGAUGUAUCGCAACCUGAGUUCAAGACAUCUUCUGCUUCUUACUGAUUGUUUACUUCAGUCUCAUAGAUUUGCAAAAGCUUUCAACUCCAAUCAUGAACAGCGCAAUUUGCUCUGGAAAGCUGGUUUCAAAGGUGGUGUUAAACCAAACUUGCUGAAGCAGGAAACUCAGAGUUUGGCAUGUGUACUGAGAAUACUUUUCAAGAUGUAUAGUGAUGAGACACGGCAAGAGGCAUGGCCCGUAAUUCAGCAGCGUCUCAUCUCUGUUUGUCAUGAAGCAUUUGAAUACUUUCUUUGUUUGCAAUCGGAAGCACAUCGAGAUGCGUGGACAUGUCUUUUGCUUCUUGUUCUGACAAGGAUUUUCAAGAUGUCUGAUGAAAGGUUUGCAGCUCAUACUUCAAGCUACUAUCCAAUGCUUUGUGAGGUUAUGUGCUUUGACCUGAAGCCAGAGCUACGAUCUGUUCUUCGAAGAUUUUUCCUUCGGAUCGGUCCUGUGUUCAACAUCACUCCUAAUACCAAGACAGCUUCAGCAGCAGUAACUGUUGGACCAUGAUACAUCAAAUGUAGUCAGAGCUAAGUUCCUGUGAGCCAACCACUUCUGACUCAUCAUUGUCAUGUAAGUGGUUGGAGAAAUGGCUACAGUAGGUUGUGGAAACCUGUCUAUUUCAGCCACAAGGCUGUGUUGUUGAUUCUGUAGGUAACUGCAAUUUUGUGUUAGUUGAUUCAUAAAUGAAGAGAUGUGAUAUAUAUUGUUGACUUGUAAAACAUCGGCAUUAAAAAUAAUAAACUUUGUUUAUGGAUAAUACCAGUGCAAAGAAAUGAAAAAUAGUGUAGUGUUAUAGUAACAAGAGUUAUGAUCUCCUGAUAGUGGUUUUUCAGAUCUUCUGGAAUCUGAAUGUAUUAAAUACUAUUAUGUCAUAUAAAUGCUUACCAAAUCAGUACCAUCUAUGAAGAAGCAUGUAAGCAUAGCACAUAGAUUUACAGAUAAAUUAAACUUAAAAAUUCCUGCCGCUCUGUAAAUCAAGAACACACACAACUACAGUGAUUUUUUGCAUAUUUACUGUUCAUAUGAAUGAAUGUUAACAACAAAAUGGAUACAGGUAUGGAAAUUUCUGAAUUAUUUUGAACUGACAUUCCACUAUUUGUAAAUCCUCCGUGCUCAUGACAUUUGUUUUGAUGGCUGUUACUUAAAAGCAAAAGCUUUCCAAUUUUCUGUUUUUCGGAAGCAGUCUUUACAUCCCUGGUUAGGAUAAUUAUUGUUGCAGUGAAAAUGUUGUGCCUAUUUAUGCAGUUUAUGUGAAUAGAAACUACUAACAUUUUAUCAAGACUUCAGACAUUGUUUCCAACUUGUUAUAUUUUAAUUUAGAGUGUAAAAGGAGUAAAUCAGAUGAUCAUUAUGCAACAAGCGAUGUGUACAUUCAGUCAUUAAAAGUAUGGCCAUUUUGCAUGAGCAACCAACACAUUAGAUCAGAAACAGUUAUUCAUAAUGCUAAUUUCUACAUGAAAGAUUUCAACAGUUUUUGGUCACUCAUGUACACAGUGCUUCUCUUCACUCUGAUUUGCUUUGUUUUAUGAAACUAUUGUAGGGCUUAAUCCUCUAUGCUCCCCUGUUUUUUUAUCAUUAUGAAGUAUCUGUGAAGUAAUAGACUCAUUUGAACUGGUGGAGGUAAGCGGUGUAUUGAAGUGCCUUGUAGCUCGAUUUUAAUAAGGAUGUAGCAUGUAUCACAGUUUUUAAUCAUUUCCGUGACAAUCUUCAGUAGUCUUAAAGCACUGCUCUCUUUCUUUUUGUCUUUCAGUACUAAAUAUGAUGUAAGGUAGUUGUUUUGAGAGUCAGACGAGACAUUCUUCUUUUUUUUAUUUGAAAAAAAAAGUGAUACAGUGUUUUUGAAAUAGUAAAGAACUUAUAACUGUAGAUGUCAAUUACAAACAUUCUACACAUUUUCUGCUUCUUCUGAUGGGUUCUUUAAGAAUGUUGACAAUUAAUUUCAUAGUUAUUCUUAAUUGUUAUGCUUAAAACAAUAAAAAUGGGAUGAUGAUUGCAGUUCGAAAGCUCCACACAUUUCAAUUGUAAUAAGAUAAAUGCCAUUAUUAUUUAUUCUUGAAAAAUUUGUAUCUUCAAAUGCUGUUAACCAUUUGAUCUAAAUCAUCGACAUUGUGCUUGUAGAUCAUAUAAAAGCUGUAAUCACUACAUGAAACAUAAAAGGAUAAUUCAAUUGAUAAUUAAUAUUACCAGAAUUAUCCAAUAUUUUGAAUCAAAUUUCAUAUGAGUGUGUUGUUUGGUAUUGGCAAAAUAACAAACAUUUCAUUACAUUUGCUUUAAAAAUAAUGAUGAAAAAAGCUAAAAAUUUUGAGUGAUAUGUCUAAAAAAUAAUUAUAAUCCAGCAAAGGAAGAAACUAUUGUGGUAUGUUCAACAACAAGCAACAACUAUACAGAACGUCCUUUUGAAGUUUAGCUUUAAGUGUUGAUAAGGAGGAAAUACAGUAAUGUAGUAAUUCACAAUGUCAUUAGAAAUAUGUAUGUCAGACUAAAAAGAGAGGUGUGCACUACAUACAGAAAGGAAUAGGAAAAUAGCGUUAAGAGGAAUUGUAGGAGAUAUGGUGGAGAUCCAACGAAGUUGGUAUGAUGGCAAGAUAUUUGACUGAUAAGCUUCUUUCUUGUUUAUGUUGUCUCAUGUUUAUUCUGUCAGUAAGUAUCUGCUGGAGGACCAAUUUUCUCUUAUUCUACCAUUUUACCUGUAUUGUUCCACAUAUUUGUUUUAUAAUUGUCCACAGAUGAUACCUCCAGUUCCUAGUUUUCACACUUCAGUGUCAUCCCAUUUCUUUGUGUCAGUUCAUGAAGAACUAUAAAUUUGAUGAUUGUAUUUUUCUUGCCCAGAAUUUUAAUUUUCUUCAGUAUGCACAUCUCUUCCUUUACAGCCCCUUCACCCUAUCGUUUCACCCCCAACCAUGCUAAAUAACAUAUAAAUCCACAAUUUCACUACAUAUGUUUAGUUUGUUUUUUAUCUUGCUCAUUUGUUUGCUACUAUUUUUGUUUAACAGAAAUCUAGAAGACGUUUAGUACUUACAUUGUUUCAAUAGAGAAAGGGAGAUGGGAAAUUUGCAGAAAUAUUUCCUCUACAAAUAGUACAAAAAAAUUAUAUUGUUUUUUUUUUUUUUUUUUUUAUUCACUGUGUCUUUAUAACUCAUGGCCUGAAUGGUCGUUUGCAGCCUAAAUAUUGAAACAUUUUUCAUAUAGAACGUACUAAAAGACACUCUGUCUCUUGUGUUCAUUACAUAUUGAUAAUUUCAUUCCAUUUUCUUAAAGCAAAUUUUAUAAAUCAAAAUUACACCAUUCAAGUUAAGAAAAAAUAAGGUUUGUGAUUUCUCUGAUUCCUUGGAAGCUGGAUGUUGAAAUUUAAUUUCUUAAGUGUUAAUCUCAUGACUGUAGGAAAAUGUAUAUAUUUAUAUCAAAAUAUUUGUAGUCAUUCCAUUGGAAGUACUUUCUUCAGUAUCUUUAUUUUGAAAUAAUAUUGCUGUGUUGUACUGCUUUCCCCAAGUAGAUUAGAUAGUCCUCUGGUGCUUAUGCUGCAGAACAGUGUAUGAGGCCGAGGGAGAUGAUAUAUUUUGCAGUAGGUUUUAUGUUCCCUUGAACUAUAUUGCAAGGUAUAUCAUGCCAUAUUUUCUGUAAAUCAUCCUUGAAUGCUGAGUUUGUUGUAAUUAUUUUUCUGUUUCAAGACAGGUAGCUCUAGCAGAAUGGUUUUGUUACUCCUUAUAAAAUUUUAUAAUUUCAAACUUCUACAUUUUCCACGUAGUGUUUAAAUUUGUUGGAGGAAUGAAAAGAACAUCAUUUUCUCAAACAACACCAAGUGUUCCUUUGUGAGAUAGCCACAGGUUUUCAUUUAAUGAUAAUAUUAGCUGUUAAAUCAUUUGAUUUUUUUCGUACUGCUGUAAAUUCAUGUAUAUAUUGUGAAGGAUUUAUUUAUUGUGUAUAGUAUUUAUGUUUGUUUAUAUAAUCACUUUACAGAAAUAUGUGAUAAUCAGAUAGACUAUUUUUUUAAUAACUAUUACUUAAAUUGCUUUAUCAUUUCUUAUAGUUAUUGUAUCAAGAUGUACAUUAAAAUAAAGUUUUAUGUAGAAUGUUUUAACAGCAU